AUGACGUUCCAACAACAAGCCAUGGAGCAACUCAACCUCUACCUCAACAAACUUGCCCAUUUCAGGGCUGCAGACAUGUCGCAACUACAAACGGCGCUGGUCUUCGGAUUGGGGUUUGUCGGAGGUGUCUGGCUGCUUACGCAGGUCCUGACUUUUGUCAGAGUCUUGUUGAGUCUGUUUGUUCUUCCGGGCAAAUCUCUACGCACAUUCGGUCCCAAGGGUAGCUGGGCCCUUAUCACCGGCGCCUCAGACGGUCUAGGCAAAGAAUUCGCUCUCCAAAUCGCCCGCGCCGGGUUCAAUGUUAUCCUUGUAUCCCGCACCGAAUCGAAACUGGUCUCUCUCGCCGACGAAAUCAAAUCCAAAAACCCAGCUACCCAAACCAAGAUCCUAGCCAUGGAUUUCGCACAAAACAAGGACUCGGACUAUGAACUACUCAAAAGCCUUAUCAAUGGUCUCGACAUUGCAAUCUUGGUCAACAACGUCGGCAAGAGCCAUAGUAUCCCCGUGCCCUUCGACGAAACUCCUGAAGAUGAGAUGAAGGAUAUCAUUAACAUCAACUGCCACGGCACCCUCCGUGUCACAAAGCUCGUUACACCGGGUAUGAUUGAACGCAAGCGCGGUCUUAUCUUGACCAUGGGCUCAUUCGGCGGCUUGCUGCCCACCCCUCUCCUGGCCACCUAUUCCGGCAGCAAAGCCUUCUUGCAAUAUUGGUCCAGCGCUCUAGGCGCCGAACUCGAACCGUACGGUAUUACAGUGCAACUCAUGCAAGCCCACUUGAUCACAUCUGCCAUGUCCAAGAUUCGUCGCCCUACGCUCACCGUCCCCACACCCAAGGUAUGGGUCAAGGCAGCAUUGAGCAAAAUCGGUUGCAGGGGCGGUUCCCCCCAAUUUUUCUAUUCUUCCAGCCCUUAUUUUAGUCAUGGGUUGAUGGCGUGGUUUAUUACUUGUGUCAUGGGGGUGUGGAGUAAGACGGUGCUUCAUAUCAAUCAUGAUAUGCAUGUGUCGAUUCGGAAGAGGGCGUUGAGGAAGCUAGAGAAGUCGAAGACGAAAUAA